AUGAAUCGUUUCGUGAAGCAUGCAGACGUGCAGACGUUGGUUCUUCCACAGUUGGGAUUGUCUCCGAUUGAUUUCGCAGCAAUCGGAACACAUAGUGGGCCCCAACUGGUCACCGACGAUGACAACGACGAACGCCAAGUGGCAAUUGCCGAUGAUAAUGAUGAGGCGCCACCAAUAGCAGAUGUUUCGGCCUCGGCACCAGCCGACGCCAGACGUGGAAAUUGGGCAGCUUCCAGGGCAAGUACGAAUUCAUCUUUCACCGCCAUAGAUGUUGAUGGUGAUGGUGUCGAUCAGAAUUCAGCUGCGGCUGGAUCUCAACCUUUGCAACUGGUAGAAGCAGAUGCAACCAGGAACACUCAGCUUGCAAGGUUUUCUCCGUGGGGCAGCGGAAGAAUGACUUUGACUGCUUUGAAAUCGUUAACACGCGAGGACUAUCUUCAAAUGACACCUGCUCGUGCAGCACUCGUUGGGGCUCAGGCUUCGUCAGCACUUUCGAAAGCAAUGACUCAGAUUGCGGCUGCUGCUGCGGCGAAGAAACAAUUGAAUCGAAAGCUCUCCAAUGAAAAAGCACGCUCGGCGAAAAUGAAGGUCCUGCAAGACCAGUCGCAAUCGCACGACUCGACACUUGUGCUCCACACCAAGCCAGGUUCUGGCAAAAGGCUAACUGCACAGGCCAGUCUCGCGCUCGGAAUUCGCAAAAACUUAGCACAUGUGGCGGCUGCAGACUUCGGAGCGCUUCUUCUACAAGACAUCUCAGCAUCGACUGUGUUACGUGCAGAAGUGAGGACAGGGGCAGCACUGGCUGCAAGUAUGCGGGACCACGUAGGCAACCUUAUGUCUGCGCUACGCGUCACAGAUGAGAACUGUGUCCAGCCGGAUGUUGUGGAUGCAGUUGACGUCAGCGACAUUGCGUACUGUGAAAGUGCCUGGAACCUUCUUUUCAUUUGUGUGCGCGCCGACGCGACAAACAGCUCCAUCUGGCGCAGAGAGAAGCUGCAUGUUACUGAGGCUCACUUAGGACUUGUCAACAAAUCCGUGAAGAGUUUCCCUGACUCUCCCGACAAGUUCAUGAGCACUCGUCGAUGCCUGCAAGGACCUGAGUUUGUCGGCUUGCGUGAGGACUCGUCACUGAGUAGCAGCCGGUCAAUCAUCGUGUACCUCGACACAACCGACCGCGGAACUGACCAGCUUGCGAGACGGAAGAGAACGGCUGCAGCAGUCGAAUCGAUCAAUCAGGUCGUUUAUAUUCCGUCAGACUGCUACCUGCAUGUCUUCCACGCUGCAGUCCGUGGAGGUUUGGAGCUCGUGGACCAGCUCAUUGCAGAGACCUUCAGCAGGGACACGCUAAAAGGGUUUGAUCGGUACUAUUCCUCCUUAGCGAAGAUCGUUAAUCUCUGGAGGGAGAAGGCUUCAGACAUGAUGACAGCAUGGCAAAACGAACACAGUCAAGCAGACAAAGACGUUCGUGAUCUUGGCCGGCGAUAUCCGCUCUCAGUGUCCACUGGCCGCUGGGGCUCAGUGGAGGGGGCAGAAGAAUUUCUGCUUGAGCGUGGCAGGAAACUCGUCGAGCCGUGUAUGCUUCAGGUGUUGUCGCGAAGCAUGAAGGCAGAUCCAAGUCAAGGAGGUGGCAAGACCGACACAGGCGUGGCAGACGAAGCAGCUGCAACCGCCAAGCCUGAAGAUGGCAAUGAAGCAAUGGGUCUGGAUGACUUGAGAGAAAACGAAGCAGCGUCAUACAGGAUACGCCUCAGCAAAUGGUGCCAGGGCUCGAUGAACGCCAUCACGUCAUGCAUAUUUUGGUGCCUGCUGUAUCUGUGUAGGACGCUCCGCUCUCCGUUGAGACACUUCAUGCUGAUAGUCCAGAAAGAAGCUCGUGGUGGAGAGUGUAUGUUCAAGCUCAUCACGAGCAAACUGCAACAGCUCAUAAACGAGUUCCAGAAUUUGUUCCGGAAACUACCGGCUAUCGUCAGCCAGGCAUUGCAGCUAUCAGGCUGCCUUGACCCUGUCAGUGGCUUGGCAGAUCGAGAAAUUCAGCAUAUGCGGUACGUGGCUCUUCGGUUGCUCUUGAUGCACUGGGCUGCAUUUCGCCGGCGCAUUGUUCGUCCAUUGCAACAAUUUCCAUGGCAACUGUUCUGGCUGAUUAAGGACCCUCCAAGACAGUUUUCGCAGAAACGGAAAGAUGUUGCUGCGAAGUUUUUGAACAUUGACCCGAAUCAGCUGGACCCAUCGACCCGCAAACUGCGUGUCAUAUGUGAGCGGGAAGUGCAGCACAUGAAAGAGCAUGGGGUGUUCCCAAACGUGCCAUGUGCAUCGGGCAGUUUCAUGUUUGCAUUCCUGAAGGGUCUGGCCAAAAUGCAGCCAGUUGACACACAAGCAAUCGAGGGCAUCAACAGUGUCAUCAAGUUGGUUGGGCGUCGAUGUCCAAAUAUCUCCUUGGAACUCAUGUCGGCACGGUUGGCCGUUAGACGGUCCCUCAGUGAAGACGGAAGCAUGCGCAGAUGCAAGAAGUGGUCCAAGAUCAGACACACUGCUGAAGGUCUGUUGGCCACAGUCGCUGGGUAUCACACGGCUGCGCUCGCCAUCAUGAACGGUGACUCACGAUGGUCUGUGCCUUUACCUGUAGAGUUAGUCCAUGAUGAUGAUCGUCAAGCUGUCCUAGCCAUCACUGACAAGCAGGCUGUAGCAUGUGUUCGUGCCGACUGUGUGUCGCCUGGGACAUCCACAGUCCCAGCACUAGUGCCUGAUGACACAGCUGAUGCUACUGAAGUUGGCACGGGGAGAGGUAGUAGUAGCAUCGGUUGCAGGUCUGAGGGUGUGGCUGCCGCUACGGUGAAUUCAGUCAUGGAGACGGAGACGGCGGGCGAUUCGAGUUUUUUCGAAUCUCUCACAUCACAGGAAGUGGUUGUCUGGGCAAAAUCUUACAAUUUGGGCUGGCGCCGGGCCACGAAUGGCCUGCAUGGCAAGGUGCCAACGAAAAAAUCUAAGCUUUCUGCAGACAAUGCAAACGGUGACAAGGACCGCGGCAUGCUGCUGGCUGUUUUUCAGCCUGACACCAUGGAUGAAGUUCAGCACAGGUCCCAGAAACUGCCACAUGUCUUUGCGGUUGCUGAGAAGUUUUCCGUCAGUGUCAUGUUUACAAAAUUGGACAUCGUUCAAGAACACGGCCAGAACUACCUCACGUGGAAUUACAGCGAUCACAACUGCAUCGAAUCAACUUUGCUCAUGACAACUUUUCAUGGUGCGUGCUGUGGCGCAGGUGGUUCGUCAUUCAAUGUCGGUUGUGUCGUGCUGCGAUCAGAAAGAGCUCAACUUCUCCUGCGCGGGUUGGCAAUGCUUGGGUCUGGGGAGAUGUUGUCAUUGGAGUCAGUGCUGGCUGAAUCGAGGCAUUGUUUUGUCAUGACUGCAGCGCCGCUGCCACGACCGACAAAGCAGAAACAACACAAACCCAAAGCAGCCAAGGCAAAAGCGAAGGCCAGCAGAUCAAAAGCCAAGGCCAAGGCCACUGCCACAGCAGCAUCCAUCACUGAGAAACCUGGAGUGUCCAAGCGCAAACACACUGAUGACGGUGCUGACGACCAAGAAGGCGACGACGACAACGACGAUGCAGGUAAGCUAGAGCAAUAUUUGUUGGAUCAGAAUGUGUGCGACGAAGAAGAGUACCGGACCAGCUCAGACGAAAGCGACGAACUCGAUUCAGCUGACCUUGCAGCUGCCGAGAUCAAGAAAGCAUGCUCUCACACAGCUUCGUCGUCUUCAGGAUCUGCAGGACAAAUGUUGUCGGUUCAUGCGGUGCAUGAUCUGGCAAACGAACUGCAACAACGUGCAGAGUUGGCGCCGCCUGGUGAUGUCGAAGAAGAAGCUCUGUUGCUGCUAGUGCGACGGGCAAGGUCCGAGAAAAACAAGGAACUAGGAGCAGGAUGUUCCCGUCGCAAGCCACAUCAUGUCACGGGUCAGCCAAGCCGGUCAGUGUUGGACACUCAGCCAGGCGUGAUGGAUGCGUCAAUAGUGGCCGAAACAUCUGGCAGUGACGCUGGCAGCGAGCGUGACACAGACGACGACAACAACAGCAGCGAUUUGCCAGAGGAGCUAGCAAACGUACUUGGCGUGCAGAGCAUAGUGGAGAUGGGUAGACCUGGACGUGUACUUGUCAUGUGGGCAGUGUCUUGCCACCACAUGCUAGUGGCCAUGUCUGAGUUUGCAAAGUUCAAAGACAUCAGUCCCGGGCACGAACGCAGCAUCAGCUUAGUUUUGCUUGCUGGGCAGGACCCAAUUCCUGGCUGCAAGUGCGUACGUUGCAAGUUUCAAGAUACGUCUCAAGAGGUUAUGUGGGUGCAUUGGGUCUACAACACCAACAAGCUACUUGGUGAGAUUAGGUGUCAGCUCAGCUCAUUCCUAAACGUUCCGCCGUUCUGCUGA